GUGUGUGUGUAUAAAUAUUGUGUACUAAAUAUGUACUAUUUGCCAUAAGAGUGAGUAGUCUUUCGAAUAACGGCUAAACCGGUGUCUGUCACACUUAAAUUCUCCGAAAAUCCUCGUCCCGGAUCUUCUUCGCUGAUCGAAAUAACUGAUCCAGUCCGAUCUCACGGUGCACAAAACACAUACGAGUGUGAAGAGCUAUCUCUAGAAGUGUACAGAAUUAAAUUGAUAACAUUAUGGCUAAGUUCACCAAGCGACAAUGGCUUACCUUGAUUGUCAUUAGUAUUGCCGAUUUCGCAAAUGCCAUUUGCGUCUCACUGCAAGCACCGUUCUACCCUCAAGAGGCCGAAAAAAAAGGAGCGUCACCAUCAGAAUAUGGACUGGUCUUUGGGAUUUUCGAGCUGGUGGUCUUUAUUAUUAGCCCAAUUUACGGACAACAUCUCAAUCGAAUCGGUCCGAAGUUACUAUUCAAUGGUGGUAUCCUGACUACAGGAACCUGCGCUAUAUUUUUCGGUUUAUUGGAUAAAGUCGACGGUCAUUAUCCUUUUAUAAUUCUAUCCUUCUUAAUUAGAAUUGUGGAGGCAAUGGGAAAUGCUGCAUUUCUAACAGCUAGUUUUGCCAUUAUUGCUAAAGAAUUUCCCAAUAAUGUUGGUACGACGUUUGCCAGUUUGGAAACAUUUUUUGGCUUAGGCCUUAUUGUAGGUCCUACUGUUGGAGGUGCACUUUAUCAGAUAGGAGGAUAUACCACACCAUUCGCGGUCCUUGGCUCAGCAUUGUUCGUAGCAGCUGUUAGCACUGCUUUCAUUUUACCGGUACAUAAUAACAACGAUAAUGAUGCACACAAUACUGGAGGAGUAAUGAAAGUUUUGAGAAUUCCCGGUGUGAUGAUCGCCUCCAUGUCAAUAAUUGGGACGAGCAUGAGCAUCGGAUUUUUACAAGCGACACUGGAACCGCAUCUGAGGCAAUUCAAAUUAAGCCCAGUCGUGUUAGGACUAAUGUUUGUGAUUAAUGGCGGUACCUACGCGCUAACUGCGCCUGCAUGGGGCUGGCUUUGCGACAAUUACUGGCACCCAAAGGUAGCAACCGUCGCUGGUUGCUUUCUCGUAAUGAUCGGUUUCUCGCUGGUCGGUCCAGCACCGUUUAUCCCGUCGACCAUUACAAUCUGGAUGCCUAUCAGCGGACUCGUGAUCCAUGGCUUAGGCAUGGCUGCUCAACUGGUUGCAAGCUUCACGGAUGCCUUACGGACAUCUAUAUCAUUUGGAUUUCCAAAUAAUCUUGAAACUUAUGGCCUUAUCAGCGGAUUAUGGACAAGUACGUUUGCUCUUGGAGCUUUUAUCGGACCCAGCAUCGCUGGAAUUCUACUGGAUAAAAUCGGUUUUAGAAAUGGUUCCAUGUUUAUCGUGUUACUUCACAUGCUAGUGGGCGUGAUAGCCGCAGUGUUUUUGAGCAGCUGCAGUCGUGCACCCAAGCCAUAUGUCGAAAUCUCGACGGUUGAAAAUCUCAGAGCACCACUGAUGGAGAGUGACCGAUUAGGCGGUAGCAGAAGUGUGCAUCCGAAUGGACGGGGCCAGGGUGUGCCGAUCGACAGGCCCGGCGGCAUGAAUUCGCUGAUCGUGUGUAACAGUUAUUCGAAUAGAGCCGGUGCAUGGUCCAGGGCAUCGUACAGCGGCCGCUACUCUCACAGUUACGGUUCCAUAGAAAAUAAACGUUAUCUAGAGCUCACCACGUGAUAAC